UAAAAAUUACGAAAGUAGGCAAGAUCAUUUUAGUUGCAGACAUCAACCAUCAGACAGCAAACCAACAUCACCGCCAACAAUUACAAUUCCAUCACAAUGUCGCCGUUUGUUCUGCGGAUUCUAAGUGUGUGCUUGGUUUUAAAUUUAGCAACAGCAGCGUCGAAAAAACCUCAACAAGAACCUGAAGAUGACACUACAGAGGAUUGUCCAGAACCUAAUGGAUUUUUUGCAGAUGCUGAACAAUGCGAUAAAUACUACGCUUGUGUAGAUGGCGUUGCAACUGAGAAACUCUGCCCUGACGGAAUGGUGUUCAAUGACUACAGUCCAGACCAAGAAAAAUGUGAUUUGCCAUACAACAUUGACUGUUCCAAGAGGUCCAAAUUGCAAGAGCCAAUUCCCACCCUCCACUGUCCCCGUCUAAACGGUUACUUUGGUCAUGCGGAUAAAGGAGUCUGUGAUAAAUUCUACUAUUGUGUCGAUGGUAAAUUCAACAUGAUCACCUGCCCAUCGGGUCUUGUUUUCAAUCCUAAAACUGGCAUUUGCACUUGGCCUGACGAAGCCCAAAAACUUGGUUGCACAUCAGAAGACGUCUUCCAAUUCUCAUGCCCUAAAGUGAAUGAAUCAGAGGCACAAACUCACCCCCGAUAUGCCGAUCCUGAUGAUUGUCAAUUCUUCUAUGUUUGUAUUAACGGAGAAGUUCCAAGGAGGAAUGGCUGCAAACUAGGACAAGUGUUCGAUGAUGUUCACAAGAAAUGCGAAUGGGCAAGGAAAGUCCCAGAAUGCGCCGACUGGUACAAAGAUCGUCUGACCGAUGCCGAAUUGGAUGAGUUGGAACACCCUAAGCCAAAGGUAAAACAACAUCGCACCAAGGGUCCAUCAAGGAGGAAGCCAUCAAGGAAGGUAGAGGAAGUCAGAGAUGAGGAAGAAUAAAAUCAUUACAAAUGAUUACAGUGUUUAAGAAUACAUUUAAAUGUGUCUAUUUUGUUAGUAGUUUUUUUACUAUUAAAAUCUGAAAAAUAAA